UCUCUCGUCGAACUGCUAGCCGACUGUGUGUGUUGUUGUUGAAGCAAUGAUGGCGGCAGCGGGAUGCGGAUCAGCAACCGCGGCUGCCGUAGGAGGCCCAGGUGGAACCGCUACGGCCAGAGGUCGUUUCCCCGGUCGGCCGUGGUCGUCACGCAGUCGUUUGCGAUCAGAGAAACGGUGGCAACUGGGACGAUCGGGCUCAGACGGCGAUGAUGUGACUAACGGAGGGCCCAGGCCCGCAAACCUGGUGCUGUCGUUAAACGAAGACCCGUCUCACUUGCGCUUACUUGGAAUAGAGGCGAGCCACCAUACCCUUGGCCAGGCUGGAUACAGCUCUAGUGGGAGUGAAGAGGUGAGGUCCCAAACCGACCCAGGAGGAGAUGAUUUCAGAGGGUUUGAAGCUGAGAGAAAACGCUCCAAAGGACCAGUUUUGUUGCGGAAAAACCCUUCUAAAGGUGAUGCUGUCAACACAAAAUCUAAACAACAAAGUGAAAAGCUCCCGCUUCAAAUGCCAGCAGUGGAGGCAGAUAUUACCCCACCUGAUUCUGUGAAGGAUGUAAAUUCUUUGGAGAAAACACUCUGCUUAUCUCCUGAAGCAGAGGCUGCCAAAGACUGCAGGAAAGGUUUGAAAGGAAAAAACACUAUGUCCACUAAAAGCGGAGCCGCAUCAGCAGCACCAAGGAUUACUAUAAAGUUGGUGGCCAAAAAAAAAAAGAAAGCUGUAAAGGAGCCUCAUAAAAAAUCUCCAAAGAAGGUGAAGAUAAAGGGAAUCCAGGAUCCGCCUAAAGCCGAGGACAUUCAGGGCGACCAGAUUUCUAGUGCUCACGUCAAAUUAAAAACGGAACCACAAGAGGAUAAACACGGCACCGAAGAUAAGGGGGGGGGGACUGAACCCGCAAGAAGGCGUGGGAGAUCAGCUACAAAGAAAACAGACACUGUCUGUCAAGAUGUGGCUGAUGAUCGAACAUCAAAAGAGAGAAAAUCACCUGAUCAGUUUGACACUGUAAAGGAGAGCGGCGCUGUGCAGCCCAAAACCAACGCAAAGAAAUUAAAGCAUACGGACAUUGCGACGGAUACGAGUUCUGAGGUUAAUCAACAAGUAGUUCGUAGGAGCAAUAGAGUCACAAUCCCACUAACUAAAAAAAUCCUAGACAGCGCAGCUGAACCAGAAAGUCUGAGCUACAGUGCUGGCAUUCUGGUGGAAUCAAAGCCAGAAGUUUCUCAAAAAGUGGAGACCAAACCACAAGUCAGAGGUGACGGACGGAGGCAAAGCAAGAGGCUGAAUAAGGAUGCUACGGUUCCUGAAAACCAUGGUACAUCAUCCACAGAGACAGAUCCUUUCUCUGCAAAAUCCAGGGAGUGUCUGUCUCCGAAGAACGACGAAAUGCGGGUACCAAGUCUAAAGUUGAUGAAGAUCAGAAACCCCAAAUUUGAGGCACAGGCCAGUGGGAAGAAUUUGACUCGAAAGAAAAGGCAGAGAAAAAAAUUUGUCUGGGCUUUAUCAUCAGUGAAAGGAGAAAGUCCAACACAGGGUGCUGAAAGCACUGUCAAAAUAACAGAGAAGACUGUCCGGGAAGUGGAUCAGUCCACGUUCUGUGACACCAAUAUCAAGAAGAGUUUAAAGGUAUUGGAUAAGCAAUCUAAACUGGAUAACCCAGCACAACAAGAGAGUGCAAGUGUGGACAGUAAUGAGACGAGUUCCCAAAUAAAGGUCGAUGUGUUUGAGGAAAAGUCUGACUUACAAGUGGAAGUUGAAGUGGAACAGGUAAAUGAAACAACGCCACAAGAAAUUACUAAAACGGAUUGCGUGAAAGUUCCACCCCUUCAGAUCAAAAAGGUCUCCUCUCCUGGGAAACAUAAAAGCUCAAAGCCGUCCUUUUUGAUUCAGCAAGUUAGCCCCGUGUCAGAAAAUGUCGAGGAUGUUAUCAAAGAUCCAAGUGAAGUGCACGAGGACGAGCCGGCAUGUCUGGAUGACGCGGUCACACCAACUAGGAGACUGCGGCGGAGGACAGCAAGCUUUGAUUCACCACCAACGAAGUCGGCCGCUCAUAAACCAGUGACCACACAGAAACGAAGGCUCAGAACAAGUUCACAGGAUAAAGAUCGGCCGCCGGAGCGCGUUGAGGAUGCUCUUCAGGCUUCAACUGACGAGUCCAGUCCCCUUGGUCUUCCUACAAAAGGCUCGCCGGAUUUGCCCGAGGACCCCUCGCUGGUGACUAAUUUGAACUCUGCUGAAGUUCCCAAAAAGGACUCCUCAAACGUGGCUGACGAGCCCCCACCUCUGGCUCCGCCAGUUGAAGUCACUCCAGAGGAGAAGGAGAAUGAGGUAGAACCACAGAUCGAAGAGGCCAAACCGGUGCCUGUGCCUUCCAAACCAAGACGAUGUAGAACUAUAAAAACGGGGAAAAAGAGAUCCGCUCAAAGCAAGGCGGCCGUCGUCUCAGCUGAAACUGCAGUCCCCGCCGAGGUGGCUACUGUUGAAGCUACUAUCACAGAGUCCGUUGUGGUAUCAGAAGUAAGUCAGUCGGAAGCUAAAGAGUGUACCCAGCUUGAGCCGCAGCAGGACACCGUGUCAGUGGAAGAAAAGCAGAUGUUGUCAUCUGUAAAGGAGGAAACCGAGAUUCAGCUGAUAGAUAGUCAGCAUUCUGUGGUGGCCGGAAGUCAAAUAAUUGAUCCAAAACCGCUGUGCCUUCAAAAAAAAUCCCACAAAAAAGGAAAUAAGAAGCGUAAAAAUGUGAUUGGGCCGCGUCCGAAACACAGGUUCAGGAGCAGAGACGGAAAGUUUGCUCCACUUAAACUUUCUGAAAGUCAGAACAUGUUUGAGGGGGACGUUGACAUUUCCGCCCCCGUGGAAGCUGCAUCACCAACUCCCAGCACUAAACUUGUUGGAGUUCAUAAAAAACACAAAAAAAGACCCUCGGGCCUUCACGUAAUGGAAUCCAAAAGACUGAAACCACCGUGCAAAAUAAUCUCUCAGCUGAUGGAAAUGGGGCUUAAUGAUAGCUUGAAGCAGGAAGAAACGGACACUUUAGUCGACAGGAGACAAGCGGAUGUUGUUGAUUCCCAACCCAGUAAAUCAAAGUUUGUGAAAAACAUCAAGCACUUCAUUAUGCCCGUUGUGAGUGCCAGAUCCUCACGGGUGAUAAAGACCCCACAAAGGUUUAUGGAUGACGCCGGAAUGUCGGUAUUGCCUCGAAGAAACUCUCCAAAAAAGGGUUUCCAAUUUGGCCUGCAAAUGCGUCCAGCAAAGGGGCGAGACGAUGGGAUGGGCAGAGCGAUAUCCCCUAUCCUGCCCAUCGACGAGGAGGAUAUACUGAGUGAAGCGCAGUUGGAUAUGGAUCUGUUUUCAUCUCAGGACCUCGAUGAUGACAUUGAUCUAGCCGAAAGCCUGUUUUCUGACCGAAUAAGUGGCAGGAUUGAGAAUAAGUCGUCUAUGCUGAAGAACUCUACUUUCGAGUGGCACGUGCCACGAGAGUCCAGCGAGGACUUGUACACACUGGACAAAACGUCAGAGGACAAGUGUGAGGAUCUGUAUUUAUCCACAGCCCUCGAAAAGCCCACAGAAGCAUCCACUGACCUGCUGGAUGUCCCGAAGAAGAAAAGUUUCCUGAAGUUUAAUAAACAAGCAGCUAAGCUCAGGAUUUUUCAAAGGCUCAGGAAGGCACACACAGGACUUCCCAAAAGCAGAAUCCCAGCUGAGACCGAUUCUGUGAGUAAACCCCUUCAGCCACCUGUUGACUUAGCAGAGGGACUCGACGACGAGGCCAUGAGCAUCAGCCUCAGGCAGCGGAAUACAAACGCAGGGAAGGACAAAUCCAAGCUCAAGAUAGAAGACCUUGACUCUCCUGGAGUCGUGAGAAAAGUCUCUGUGUGUGUUCGGACUUUGAACUCCAAGUCUCUUGCAUUUCAGCAAGGUGAAAAGGGGGGUCCAGGGGGGAAAGACCCCGGGCAAAUUCACUUCGGAGAGCUGCAACCAGAACAGAAGUCCGCUGCAUGUGAAGGCUAUUUUGGAUCUGUGGAGAAGGGAGCUUCACAAAGAGCGCGCCUCACUGGGGCAAAUAAACGAAUGUUCAAUCUUCUUCGGAAAGCCAAGGUCCAGCUCAUGAAGAUUGACCAGCAGAAACAGCUAAAGUCAUCUGGGCUGUUGAGCUGCGGCUCGAUUGGUGCCAGAUCUCGAGAUGUGAACUCCAAAAGACAAAGGAGGAAGCAGAGGGUUCAGCUCAAUGCUAAUGUCCCAGUCAAGACUGAGCCGUCUCUAGGACAAGCGCAGCUCCUGUCCCCGCUGUGCCAGGAGUUCCGUAGAGCAGGAGGUCCACGUAUCAAGCAUGUGUGCCGUGCUGCCUCCGUGGUGCUGGGGCAGCCUCGGGCCCUCGUACCAGAUGACAUUCCAAGACUCAGCGCCUUGCCUUUGCAUGAAAGAUCCGGCAUUUCCCCUUCGGACAUCACUAAAGAUAUUGGUUCUCCCUCUGAAUCAGACAGCCCUGAAAUGUCAGAUCCAAAGUUCAUCAAGGCCAAGAAGCCGUCGCAUUUUUCAAAGAGGAAAGGACUCGGACCAUUUGGGUAUCGCUCUCGGAGGUGUGGCGUAUGCAAAGGCUGCAACCACGAAGACGACUGUGGCGAGUGCAUGAACUGCCUGGACAAACCCAAGUUCGGUGGUCCCAAUACCAAGCGACAGUGUUGUGUGUAUAAGAGAUGUGAUCAAAUUGAGGAGAGAAAAGCACGCCGGCUAAGUGGAAGAACUGCACCGAAAGGUGCCUCUAAACGACGGCGAUCCUCAUUCGGUCACUCGAGCAAUGAUGAAGGGAACGAGGGUGGUGCGGAUUCACCAUUUGGUCUCCAAGGUGACGGCCACAGUCCGUCAGUGAGGAAGCAGCCCAAGCGUGUUGUGAAACCCCGCGUCUACUUUGAUCUGGUGGACUAUGACUCAGAUCUAGAUGACAAAGCCGCCUCGAGCUUCGCCUCGCCGGGCAGGAGAAGAGGCACCGGGUCCCGUUUUAAUCAAGACUUUGUGUCACUGGAUGGGUUCCUUGGUGACAUUUCAGAUGAAGAAGUCCGACAUCGAAAGUCCAGCUCUCACCGUGUACCACCUCCUCGACCUCCUCCUCGUAAACCCGAGAAGGGUCUCUCAUCUCAGGGUGCUUUGGAGCAGACUCCCCCCAGUGUCCUGGCGGCGCUCGCCCAUGGCUUCGAGCAGAGAGACACUGAAUCUUCUAAGCCUUCUCAUAAAAUCAGGGUUGACUUCAAGGAGGACUGUACUUUGGAAAAUGCCUGGAAUAUGGGGGGUUUAAGUAUAUUGACCUCUGCACCGCCCACGCCUCCAUCUGUCUGCUUCCUUUGUGCCAGUAAAGGGCAACAUGAGAUGCUGUAUUGCCAAGUAUGCUGUGAGCCCUUCCACGAGUUUUGCCUCGAUCCAGCGGACCGUCCCUCUGAAGAGAACAAGGAAAACUGGUGCUGUCGUCGCUGCAAGUUUUGCCACGUGUGCGGCAGGAAAAACAAGCCCUCAAAGCCAUUGUUGGAGUGUGAACGAUGCCAGAACUGCUUUCAUACUUCCUGUCUGGGACCCAACUAUCCAAAACAAAACAAGAAAAGGAAAGCUUGGGUUUGUAUGACAUGCAUCAGGUGUAAAAGUUGUGGCGUCACACCAGGGAAGAGUUGGGACACCGACUGGAACCACGACAAAGGACUCUGUCCAGACUGUUCGAAGCUCAACGAAUUGGGUAACUACUGUCCAAUCUGCUUCAAGUGCUAUGAAGACAAUGACUAUGACAGUCAAAUGAUGCAGUGUGGCACCUGUAACCACUGGGUACACGCCAAGUGUGAGGAUCUGACAGAUGAGCUGUAUGAAAUCCUGUCCAGCUUGCCAGAGAGUGUGGUGUAUUCGUGCCGGCCGUGCAGUGUGACCCAGCCCAGCGCUUGGAGAGAGCUGCUCUAUAUUGAGCUCAGGUCGGGGGUGGAGAAGGUGCUGGCUUGCCUGCUCUCCUCCACCCUUACCCAGCACCUUGUUGCCUGCUCACAGUGUGAGAAGUUGGUUGAUUCUGGCAGUGCAUUAGAGGGACAGCCAGCGUGUGAUCUCCGAGCCGUUGGCAAGAAGUUUGACAGAGGCCUUUAUACCACUUUGAAAAUGUUCCAUGAAGAUGUGGUUCAGGUUGUGCGAAAGAGGCUUGAGCACGAGGAGGAUCUUCCAGAAGAGCAGAGGCCUACUGCCCUGGCACGCUCUUACUACUUAAAGCUCCUCGAAGAAGUAUUUAAUUGGUUCAACAGCCAAGACCCAAAGGUGUGGAACUCUUGUACCAAAGAAUUACCCAUGGGCAUGCUUUCUCACGCUGUCCAUCCUCCCACAACGGAGCACGUCUACGCCCAGUUUCAGGAGAGGGAGGACCUCUCAUCUCGGGCUCCGCUGGGGCUCCUGCAGGGCGAGGAUAGACAAAGCUUGAUUGUAAAGGAGGAAGAAGCAGUUUCUCCGUUGUCUGGGGAGCCAAUCAGCCAGAACUACUUCAAAAGCAGCAAGGCUGUCAGGCUUAAAUUCAAAGGGAAAAGGGGACUCCUUUCAAAAGCUGAUUUGGACACUGGAUGGACCAAGGAUGAUGAGAGACAGUGCUCUUUGUGCCAAAAAUAUGGAGACCUCAAACCUAACGACGCGGGCCGGUUGCUGUACUUGGGCCAGAAUGAGUGGGCGCAUGUCAACUGCUGUUUGUGGUCAGCUGAGGUGUUUGAAGAGGACAAUGGCUCGCUGCUACACGUGCACAGUGCUGCCACAAGGGGCCGCUUGAUGCGGUGUGAACGCUGCAACCAGACGGGCGCCACAGUCGGCUGUUGUCUGACAUCUUGUCAAAGCAACUAUCACUUCAUGUGUGCCCGCUCCCGUCACUGCGUGUUCCAGGAGGAUAAAAAGGUCUAUUGCUACAAACACCGACAUCUCAUCAGUGGCAAGAUGGUUACUGGUCAGGAAUUUGAAGUCAACCGCAGGGUGUAUGUGGACUUCGAGGGGAUCAGCCCCCGCAGAAAAUUCUUGACUGGACUGGAACCAGAAUUAAUCAACGUGAUUAUUGGUUCCUUGCAGAUAGAGCAACUGGGUGUGCUGACCGAGCUUUCGGCUAGCAAGGGGAUACUGUUUCCUGUGGGUUUUAAGUGUUCUCGUUGGUACUGGAGUACAGUUAAUCCAAUGCGCCGGUGCAGAUAUACAUGUACAGUGCGAGAGGUUCGGCCAGUUGUCCCAGAGAAGCCUGUAGAGGAGAUGCCUGACCAGGGAGACAAUAAUACAAUUGUCCACAGUCCCUGUCCACUAUCUGAUUCUGAGGCCCAAGAGAACGACAUAACGGAACCCCAGCCCCCAACAGAGGAGACCUUUAUCCCAGGACCCACCUCCAAGUCAGAUCAUGGAGCAAAGCCAAAGAUUCCCCGAAGACCUACUGGAGGAAUGUUUCGGCCUCUUCCAUCCCCAGGAAUGAAACAGUUGAAACCCCACCACAUAUUAACCAUAAGUGAUCUGGAGGAUACGCAAAGGGUUCUUCGCCACAACCCGCACUUUCAACCAACAGGCCUUCACAGUCACAUGCCCCCCCCUCCUCUGGGUCCUCUGACCGGACCAGUUACUCUGCGUGCCGGAAAGUCUUCCGUUCCCACUUCCCCGCUUCUCCCACUCGGCGCUCCAGACAACCUGAUAAAUUCCCCAUCGUCCCGCUCAGUCGCCGGUAGAAACGCCUCCUCGGUCCGAUGCCCUGGGAAUACGAUGACCCAUUGUACGUCAUCUCUCUUCCCUCAGUCGCCCUGGCAGGACAGCGCAGCGAGCUUUCCCUCGCCAAGUCUAUCUUUCUCCCCGACGAUACCACAUCUACCCAGAAAUCGCUUGUCGUUUGAUCUGAACCAGCCAGAUUCAGUCGAGGUGCCGCACAACUUUCUUGCGUCCCCAGAACCUGAAGAUGUCUCUCCAGCAAACGGCACAUCACCACAGGGGGAUGUAGAACAACGGAAGGAAGUGGAGGAAUUUCCCUACAGUUCUUUCCUCAAGGAUUCCAACGUGAGUCUGGCUCAAGAGAUGAGGACGGAGCUGGAGAUUGAAGAGACCCUCCUGAACGAAGGCGUGGCGAUGAACUGUGGGGGACAAAUACUGGUGGGCGGUGACGAUCGGGAGGAGUUUUGGGAAAGAGCCCAAGAGGUACACAAGAGGAAGACUCUAGUUGCCAACCUGCCGCGGUCUGCAGCUUCGGCCAGGGACGACUUAAGCAACACGUCUUCCGAUGAUGAUAUGGAGCACUACUUUGACUUCUCGCGGACGAUAGUCAGCUGUCCCGCAUCAAAGGAUCAUUCCAAAUCUCCCUCCUCCCCUUCCACCCGUUCUAUGGCUCAGCUAGAUGGUGUCGACGACGGUACAGAGAGUGAUGCAAGUGUAGCCACCACCGAGGUUGCCCAGAAGGUUCAGGAUGGUAGUAAAGCUCCGAUACAAGCCCAACUCCUUAAAAAUACCCCUGAAUCGAACACUACAAACAGCACACAGGGUGUCCAGAGUCUGGGCCCCAAAGCAUCAUCCAAUGAGCAGCGCACAGAUUCCUCAGCAGUCACCAUGUCGGUGGCCAACAAAAGUCAAACCUAUGAUUCCUAUCAAGAUCCACCAAAAUCCCCCCCACUCAAUUCAGAAGAUUUAUUCCAUGGUUGCGGUUCAGGAUUUACAUCUGAAACCUCUUUUGUUCUUGAGAGAUGUGAAUCUCGUCUGCAUUCAGCGGAGAUGCUAGAAGGCACACUGCUGGAGACCCAACAAUAUGAAGCUGGAAAACCCCAGAGCUGCGAGACGAACAGCAGCCAAUCCACCGUGUUUGUGAACCACCUGGCAGCAAACACGAUGCUGCCAUCAUCCGCAGAUUCUGCCGAUAAGAGUCAGGACGCCUUGCUUGAGCUUCAGCCUUCCCCUGUGAUGUCUACAGAUGUACACAACCCCUCUCAAGGCCUCCUCGACUCUCUGCAGAUUUUUUCCAGUUUACCGGGUUUCAGUAAACCUCUAACAAACAUUACACUUCAGCCGGUAACAUCCUCCCAAGAGUUAACCUUCCCUUCCACGGGCCACUCGUCUGCUAACCUAACCCCCCUCGGCCCAGUUGUUGACGUGACACGAACGCUGCUAAACGCCACCCCUCAAAACGACCCGGCGCUAUCGGCUCUGCCAGGCGCUGGUCCCCCACCAGGAACCUGUGGAACGUUCUCCCUGCCCAUCUACUCCACACAGCCCAUGUGCUCGACAGCCGUCACCAUUGUUUCCUCCUCUGCGUCGAUGGCGUCUCUCUCUGUGCUUUCAAGCCAAUGCUCAACCGCUCCGACGUCAGUCCAGACCGCCGCGGCCCCGCUCAUCCUAAACGGUUACAGCUCUUCGUCUAUGCAGAAGGAUGCGGCGUCGGGUCACACGAUCUCCAUCAACUUCUCCACAUCCAGGCCAGCUCUAGAACCUCAGCAGCCGGUGGUUCCCCAGGCUUUACCUGGACAUGCUAUUCUCACUGUGAAGGAGGUGGGCGGUCCCAAUGUAGACCCAACACCACAUGUCCUGCUGGUGAACCGCCUCGGGCAGAUCUUUGUGAAGAACCCUGAAAGCAACACUUUUCAGCUUCCCUCUCCCAGCUCCUCUUCGUACAACUGUGUCACUCAGAUCGCCAGCCUCUUGCAAAGCAACGCGCUGUCUGCGACGCUAGCAGCCGCCGGUAAUAUGACUCCACCUGCCACGGCGGCCACUCCACCCUCGGUUCAGAGUCCAACCACAAUUGCGCAGCUGCUCACUCACAACAGCAACGUUGCAGCGACCUCAGUUGAUGUCAAGAAGCCAAAAAAGAGUGCGAAAACACCAAAGCAGGAAUCCGCUGUGGAGUUGAAAAAGGCAAAGAAAAAGAAGGAUUCUGGUGUUUCCAAGAAGUCCAAGUCAUCUAAGGUGUCAGCUCCUCAACCCGGUCUGCCCACUGAGAAUCAUCCCAUGACUCCUGCUGAAAGUGCCCAGGCCAUCAUCAAUCAAGCAAUGGCGAGUAAUUACACGCCGAAGUGGACUGGGCUCCGCACACUAAGCCCUUCCUCGCUGGUUUUACCACCUGGCCUAUUAAUUGAACCGGAGGCUCCAGCGUUGUCUCGUUCUCCACCAUUAACACCGACGGCAGCGGCAGCUCCGGCAUGCCGACCUCGCACGCACGUCCGCAUGAAGAGAGUGUCUUCGCUUUCAGACCGCAUUGUCACAAAGAAGUCUAAAGUAAACUUCCUGAAACCAGAGCCCCCCAGUGAGGACGAGGAGCAGCGCAGGCCGCUCUUUCCGAGCCUCUCCAGCAGAGCUUCAGGGGUCCGCAUCAAGACCCCCACAGUGAAAGAAGUGCUGGACCUGGACCGGUUAAAGGAGGAGCAUUUAAGUGAUUCUGAAAGCUCAGGAUCGGAGCCGUGGGACUACAUGUCUCAGGGUGAACAUGGCCAACCGCAAAUAUGGGAACCUGUGGGACACAGCACACUGACUGACUGGAAGAAAUACUCUGGGGCCGCUUCCACCUCAGAUGACGAACCACCAGCGUCUGACGAGGAUGAGGAGUUUCCAACUAACCGGGACCAGCCACACUUAACAUUCGAGAUAACCAGUGACGACGGUUUCAGUGCAGAAGCAGACAGCAUUGAGGUGGCAUGGAAAGCAGUGAUCGAUGGGGUGCAGGAGGCGCGAGCUAUCGCGAGGUUGAGACCUCUGACCUUUCAGAGGCUCACCGGCGCCCACAUGCUGGGUCUGGUCCGUGAUGCAGUGGUAUUCUUGCUGGAGCAACUGCAAGGAGCCCACCGCUGUCAGCGCCAUGCCUUCCGAUUCUUCAAACAGUUCACGCAGGAGGACGAGCUCCCUGUCAACCCCAGUGGCUGUGCUCGCUCUGAGCUGUAUCUCAGGAAGUCGACGUUUGACAUGUUUAACUUCCUGGCUUCUCAGCACAGACAGCUUCCUGACACUGGGCCUUAUGACGAUGAGGAAGAUGAGGUUCUUUUGAAGUCCACAAGACGGGCUACCAGCUUGGAGUUGCCUAUGGCCAUGCGCUUCAGACAUCUGGAAAGAACAUCCAAGGAGGCGGUCGGCGUGUACAGGUCUGCUAUCCACGGCCGUGGUCUCUUUUGCAAGAGGAACAUCGAAGCGGGGGAGAUGGUUAUCGAAUAUGCGGGCAUCGUCAUUCGCUCAGUGCUCACUGACAAAAGGGAGAAGUACUACGAUGGCAAGGGCAUCGGCUGUUACAUGUUCCGCAUUGACGACUUUGACGUGGUGGACGCCACCAUGCACGGCAACGCGGCCAGAUUCAUCAACCAUUCAUGUGAGCCUAACUGCUACUCGCGGGUGAUCAACGUGGAAGGCCGGAAGCAUAUCGUCAUCUUCGCACUUCGGAAGAUUUACAGAGGGGAGGAGCUCACGUACGACUACAAGUUCCCCAUCGAAGACGCCAGCAGCAAGCUCAACUGCAACUGCGGGGCCCGGCGAUGUCGGCGCUUCCUCAACUGAGAAGCUGGGAGGAUCCCGUCUACUAGUAAGCCUUAAAUUUAGGGACAUUGGGUUCAGGAAGGCGGCAGGCUGUCUGCAAGGAAUGGCAAGCAGCCACUAAGAGGCCGGAGGGGUAUAUAUUUGGCAGGCCAGAAUUUUGGACAUUUUUGUGGGUGUUAGAAGGAGGCGGAGGACGAGCACAGUUCACAUCAGGCCGCUCACACAGCAGCAUCACAACAGCAGUAAAUGUGAUUUUCUUGUUCAUGAUAUUCAAACCUGAUGUUAGAAUUGUUUGGGGUUCCUCGAUCUGUAUGGAUGACACCCAGAUAAUUUCUUUAAAACACACGUUAAGCCUUAUCUGUUAAAGUCAUUGCUCAAAAUCUGUUGCGAGGUUUUGAGACUCCCUCUAUGUUUUAUUCAUUUUGGGUGGGAAGUGGGGGGGGUUUUCCGUCUGUCCGUCCUUCUCCAUUACACUUAAUCACGUUCUCUCCAUUCUGUAGUGAUGCAAUCUUUGCCCCAUUCAUGCCGUAGUGAGGUCAGUUCUUGAGCCAUACAUUUACUCAAACUUUUAUUUGUGUGUUUUAUCUCACAUUUAACACUUUUCACGAUGGUAAUAUUUUUACUUUUAGAUUUUAUUUCAUUUUUUCGAAAUAACAAAACAACCAUGGUGCUAAGCUUGGGACGUUCUUUAACUUCUUUAGUUGGACAAAAGUGUCCCUCACAUCAGGAAUUGUUUAUCUGUUUAUUCACCCCGCUGAGACCAUUAAUCCAAUAAUCAGAGUACGUAAAGUGUCGUCAGUUUCACACUUUGAAUCAUUGGUGUGCUAUUUGUCUUUCUCCCUUGCUGAUUUCAAAAUAGUUAGCUAUGUAACGGUUUCAAUUGGUGACAGUGUCAUAUUUAUAAAGACAGGAACUUGUCUUUAAGGUGUGUUUUUCUCUCUCGAUGUACAGACUAUGUAGCAAACACUACCCAAGCCAAAAGUGAAGAGUUGUGGUGAAUAUCACUUUUUAAAAUAUAUAUUUUACUACUGUCAUGCCAGAUGCUCAUCACCUAUUGCAAUAAGACGUUGCUGCCCGACAGUUGCACACAAACGACCAUCAAACGUAAAAAUUAUUUUCAUCUACAGUUUAUUAAUCAGGGAGAGCACUGGUUUAAAGCAUCGCCACUGAGUGUAUAUUUAGCUCUCGCUGAGAAUGUGGCGCACAGACUUUUGAGGUGUUGCAGGAACACAUUCAGUCUGAAACGGAGCCGAGAAAAUGCACUGGGCUCCUGUUUGAAAUGAUGUUCAAUUGUUGUUCUUAGUUGAUGUUUAGUGCCGCUGCGAGACUAAUCUAAUUCACACACUGUUCAAAUUGGUAGUUAUAUUUAUUCAUGUUUUGAGUUAUAUUUUUAAUGGUAAAAGGUUGUGCUUUGUAAAAACGGUGACGGUC